AUGAAGCAGGGAGAGUCUUCUAUGAAGAGUGGUUUGGAAAAGUGUUGGAAGAAAUUAUGGAAAUUGGAGGUACCAAGAAAUGUGAAGAACUUCUUAUGGAAGGCUUGCCAAGGUGUUUUGCCGACAAGACUGAAUCUAUAUAAGAAACAGGCGGUAGACAGUCCUAUCUAUAUGGUAUGCAAGAAAGAGGCUGAAUUAGAGGUACAUGUGCUAUGGAGGUGUGUGGCGGCAAAUGACAUAUGGAAUGAUGCAGCAAGUCUAGUGCAGAAAUGGAAUGUAAAUGAAAUGGACUUUCUAGAGUUUUGGAUAAGGUGUACUGAGACACUAAAUGAGGUUACUCUUAGUUGGGUUGCUGUUAUGUUGAGGAAAAUAUGGUUAAGAAGGAACAACUUUCUAUUUGAAGGUAGAAUGAUUGAGCGAAAAAGACUUGUACUGGGAACUAAUGAGUUAAUGGAAGAGUAUAAGACUGCACAGGCGAGAAAGCAAGAAGGUCAGCAAGGAGGGACUUCUACCAACAAUACUAGGAAAUGGGAAACACCAUCAGAAGGUUACAUUAAGGCCAAUUGGGAUGCGGCGCUACAUGAAGAUGUGAAGGAAAUGGGUAUUGGAGUUAUUGUUUGGGAUUGUGAAGGAGAAGUUUUGGUUUCCCUCCUUGCUAAAAGGAGUUUUAACUCUAAACCUGUAUUAGCCGAAUGCUUGGCAUUAUAUAGAGCAAUGGUUUUGUGCCAUGAACUUAGCCUUUGCAAUGUAAUAUUUGAAGGUGAUGCACAAAGUGUGGUGAAGGCAGUAAAGAGUAAAGAAGAAAAUUGGCUUUGGUUUGGGCAAGUUGUGGAUGAUAUCAAAGAAUUACUUAAGAGAAGACAAGAUUGGAAGGUUGCAUGGGUACCGAGAGAAGAAAAUGGUGUUGCACACCAAUUAGCUAAGUUCGGUUUUAAUUAUAGCAAUGAGAUUGUAAUGAUCGAGGAGAGUCCUGAGUUUAUCUCAGGUAAUGUCUUGUUUAACAAACUCUAUAAUUGA